UCUGUUUACUUCCGUUUGGUCAACACGUGUGUUUUUGUAUUGACAUAUUCGUAUAUAUCGUACUAAGAAGAAAGAAAUGUAGAAAAAUAAGAAAGUCAAAAUGUUAAGAAGACAAGCUAGACUUAGAAGAGAGUAUAUAUACAGAAAAUCUAUCGAAGAUAGAGAGAGAACCAUUCUAGAGAAAAAACAAAAAUUAAAGAAUGCUUUAGAUGACAACAAACAGAUACCAACUGAUCUGCAAAAUGAUGCUGUUGACCUUCAGAAGACCUUGGAUUGGGAUGAUAAAGGGGCUGAUGGUCUGACCACUCACAUUGAUGAUGAAUAUAAAUGGGCUGGAGUAGAAGAUCCUAAAAUCAUGGUCACAACAUCCAGAGAUCCAAGUUCUAAACUAAAACAGUUUGCAAAGGAGAUGAAGUUGAUCUUCCCUAACAGUCAAAGAAUAAACAGAGGAAACUAUGAAAUAAAACAGAUUAUAGAAGCUUGUCGAGCCAAUGAUGUCACAGAUCUUGUAAUAUUACAUGAACAUAGAGGGGUACCAGAUGGUUUAGUAGUGUGUCAUUUGCCAUAUGGACCCACAGCAUAUUUUACAUUAUCCAAUGUUAUUAUGAGACAUGACAUUCCUGACGUAGGGACUAUGUCAGAGGCUUAUCCACACCUUAUAUUUAAUAAAUUUACCACAAGACUUGGUAGAAGGGUGAUGAACAUUUUAAAGUAUUUAUUCCCAGUACCAAAAGAAGAGAGCAAAAGAGUAAUGACAUUUGCUAAUGAAGAUGACUUUAUAUCAUAUAGGCAUCAUGUUUACAAGAAAAGUGAAGAAGGUAAAGACAUUGAAUUAAGUGAAGUUGGUCCAAGAUUUGAAAUGCAGUUAUACCAGAUUAUAUUAGGUACGAUAGAUACUAAAGAUUCUGCUGAUGUAGAAUGGGUGUACAGACCAUACAUGAAUACAGCCAAGAAAAGGAAAUUUUUAGCUGAAACAGAGGAUGAGUGAAAUAGAAGAUAAACUUCUGCAGACUUCGUUAUGGAAUUCUACAGUAAUAAUGGAUAUGAUGGCAGCAGAAAAAUAUCUUAAGCUUGUAUUUGGACAUUUGAGAAUAUUUUUAGAAGGGAAAUAUUGAUAAUGAAAAUCGAUCCAUGUUACAAGACAUUGAUGUGCAAUAAUCAAUUCACUACAUUAAAGAUUUCAGAAAAACCCA